GAGAGACUCGAACCAACCCGGAACCUUUGGGUCCACUAACCAUUCCUAACAAACCAUCGCAGGGAGUUCAGCCCUUGUUUUAUUCCGUUGAACAAGUUGAAGUAUUUCUCCGAGCGAAGUCGCUGCUGCGGGCCGAAGAAGUUCCUUCCGCGGGGGAAAGUAGACCCUCGCAGAUGCCUCUCGCUCCAGCCGCGGCGGUUCCUGUGGGACAGUGAAGUUUAUCACAGUUAGUGAAGUUAGUCCUCGACUCCUCGAACCAGCGGCGGAGCUACGAGGUGCCAACAUGCCUCAACAGAAGGACAUAGUGAAGAUUGCCAUCCAGAUGCCAGGGGCCUACCCCCAGCUCAUACAACUGGACCAGAAAAAGCCUCUGUCUGCUGUGAUAAAGGAAGUGUGUGAUGGCUGGAACCUCCCGGGUCCUGAUAACUACGCCCUGCAGUACGCUGACGGAGUGCAGACGUACAUCACUGAGUCGAACCGUCUGGACAUUAAGAACGGCUGCAUUCUGCGUCUGACCAAGGCACCGGGCCGCUGUGCAGAGGACCUGUACAAGGGCAUCCAGAGCUCCGACUCGGGGGUGCGCUGCGAUUCGCUGAAGGAGCUGGCAAAGGUUUCCACCGACGUGACCUUCGCUCAGGAGUUCAUCAGUCGAGACGGACACCUCUUAUUGGUGAAAAUAGUAGAGGACGCUAACGAGAGCAAUGUGAUAAUGACCCACACGCUGAGUGGCUUCAUGGAGCUGAUGGAUCAUGGGAUAGUGUCAUGGGAGAACCUGUCGUCUGUCUUCAUCAAGAAGAUUGCAAGCUUUGUCAACGCCAAGCUGACCGAUGCGUCUAUACAGCAGGUGUCCUUGGACAUCCUGGAGAGCAUGGUGCUGAGCAGCCACAGCCUCUUCCUGGAGGUCAAACAGGAGAUCACUAUGGAGCGGCUCAUCGCUCACCUCCAGGUGACGAACCAGCAGAUACAGACCAAAGCCAUGGCGCUACUUAUGGCGCUGCUACAAACAGCCGGGGACACAGAAAGACAGGAUAUUUUAGCGUUCCUGAAUAAGAAGAAUCUCCGGCAGUACAUUCAUAAAAACAUUAUCCAUAGUUCUGGUUCAGUCCAGGACAAGAUGGCCCACUACCUCUAUGUCCUACAGUCCGUCACCUUAAAUCACAUGGAGGCCCGCAUGAGGACUCCUAUGGACUGUUACAGCCAGGAGCAGAGAGAUAUCCUCCACAACCUGCGGCUCGCGGCAUUUGAGACGGAGACGGAAAACAGUCUGAACCACGAGAGACGCCGCUCGCUCUGCGCCAAAGAGUUCAAGAAGUUGGGCUUCUCUAACAAUAGUAACCCCGGUCAGGACCUGGUGCGGACGCCUCCCGGUCUUCUCGCUCUGGACACCAUGUGUUAUUUUGCUGCACGCUACACUGAUGCCUACAGCAGGUUCGUCCUGGAGAACAGCAGCAGGGAAGACAAACACGAGUGUCCGUUUGGACGCAGCAGCAUCCAGCUCACCCUCAUCCUGUGUGAGAUCCUUCGUAUCGGCGAGCCCCCCUCGGAGACGGGCAGCGACUACCAUCCUGUCUUCUUCAGUCAGGAUCGGCUGAUGGAGGAGCUGUUCUGUGUCUGCAUUCAGCUGAUCAACAAGACAUGGAAGGAGAUGAGGGCCACGCAGGAGGACUUUGACAAGGUGAUGCAGGUGGUGAGGGAGCAGAUCACCAGGACGCUGUCCAGUAAGCCGACCUCCCUGGAGCUCUUCAAGAACAAAGUCAAUGCCCUGAACUACAGCGAGAUCCUCAAACUGCGGCAGACGGAGCGGCUGCACCAAGAAGAGACGUUGGCGCUGCCCGUAGUUGAGCUCAAAGAGCGCCUGAAGCCGGAGCUGCUGGAGUUGAUCCGCCAGCAGAGACUCAACCGGCUGUGUCAAGGGACCAUGUUCAGGAAGAUCAGCAGCCGACGCAGACAGGAUAAACUGUGGUACUGCCGCUUGUCCCCUAAUCACAAAAUGCUUCACUACGGUGAUGCGGAGGAAGACACCGACAGUCCCACAAUCGAAGCGCUGCAGAAGAAGAUUCCAGUAGCCGAUAUCAAAGGCCUGCUGACGGGGAAAGACUGUCCCCACAUGAAGGAGCACAAAGGCAAACAGAACAAGGAGAUACUUGACCUGGCAUUUAGCAUCACAUAUGACGUAGAGGAGGACAGCCUGAACUUCAUCGCCCCCUCCAGAACAGACUUCUGCCUGUGGACAGAUGGACUGAGCGUUCUGCUGGGCCGGGACAUGACCAGCGAGUCAAUGCGCAGCGAGCUGGAGAUCCUGCUCUCUAUGGAGAUUAAGCUCCGCCUCCUGGACCUGGAGAACGUUACCAUCCCCGAGAGCGCGCCGGCCGUCCCCAAACCGCCGAGCAACUACAACUUCUGCUACGACUUCAGCCAGACGGAGCAGUAGAGUGUGUGCAUUUGGCUGUAGUGCAACCAAGACGUGUGAAAGUGUAAAAAAAAAAUUGUGUGUGUGUGAAAAAAUGGUGCACGUGUGUUGAGCUCCGCCCUGUGCCUCCAUGCACUUAUUCCUAUAACACCGGUUUAUUUCGUUUUGUAAUGAUCAAUCAAUAAUUCUCAAUACAUCUUAACUAAACCGUGUCUUUUUUUUCUUUUCAAUGGGCAGAACAUAGAAGCCGGUGCUUUCUCAACACACGGUACAUGUCAUUCAUUUCCAACAUAUGAAGGACAAAUACAGUGGGUUUUAUUUUCAUGUUGGGCAGUGUUUUACUUAAAUAUACCUAAUACAGGUACUGGCCUUGGUAUGGAUCCCAGUGGCUCAAUAUGGUUACUAUGAAGUUAAGCUCUGUUUAACGUCUGGUUAUAUUACAGUGAUGCACAGCUACACUCUUAAACAAGCCAACCUUUUUGGUUUUUUUUUUAGUUAUUAUCAACAGGAGAACGGUACCUUUGCUGUGAUCAACAGUUUUCUAAUGAGCAGAAUUUGUGACAAAUUGUGCAUCCAGCCAGCAAUCAUCUGCGUAUCUCUGUAUGACGCAGAAUGCAAUCAACGUUUUUUCCUCAACUGUUGGAUCUGAAACUGAUUGAUUUUACUAAAUGGACAAUAAUAUGAUGAUGAUGAUGAUGAUAUGAGGCAGCGCGCUGCGGCACAGUUUGCUACACUCUGACUCUCAAAGCAAGUAGUGACUAACUGACCCAACGGUCUGCGCUGUAUCACGCGCUGGGCUUUUGGCACAAGGUUAUUUCAUUGAUUCCCAGUGUAAAGUGUUCUCUGCAGUGCUUCCCUGACACACAACUCGAUACGCGAUAUUAUCCACUCUGAAUCACGCACUUUUGAUGACUUUUCAAUAAUAAACAGUUUGAAUAUACCGAAAAA